GGGAAACGCGUGUAACGAUAUCGCGGUACACAACGUCCAAUCGAGUUGCACGUUUUACGUAAUAAUACUGUUAGAGAUGUUGUCUCGUUGAAGACAAAUUGGAUCGGUCACAGACGAACCUAUUAAAAUCGACCUCACGAAUGCUCGCUGCUAUCGGGAUUUCUUUUUUCCUCGGUGGGAAAUUGUAAGUGUAAGCAGAAGGCAGAGUAGUAAAAGUUGGAAAAUAGAAUGAGAGAGAAGGAGGAGCGCGAAGAGGAAGACGGCCGAUUCGAUUGGGAAAGAAAAGGGAGACACAGCGGCUGUGAAUCAAAGGAAAGGAAGAGAGGUGGAGCGAUGGUGAGAUGGAAGGGGACGGGGUCGUAGGGUAGAACAGAGAGGAGAACGGAAGCGCGCAGGCGUGAGGCUAACGCGAUGAUAGUUAAGCAUCCGCGUGGCGCGAGUUAGAAGUUGGCUUCGCGCGCUCUUAGUCUCGUUUUGGUCCCUCAGUCCUGCAGGCCAGACGCUAAAAGGCGAGUCUAAAAGGAGAGAGAGAGAGAGGAAAGACCGGAAGGUGGUGGUGUGUUACGAUGAGGGCCCGUCCUCCUCGUGUCCUGGCUGAUCGUGCGAGACGCGUUACUUGGUAGCGCGCACCGUCUCUAUACGCAGUCCGCGAGUAACGCGUUCGAUGGAACGUGUACGACACCGGAAGCUAACGCACCGGCGGACAUGUCCGAGGAGAAGAGUAACGAGAUCGUCGAGCAGAAGGUGACGAUUGGGAAAAAGAGGAACAGCACCGCGCAGAGGCGAUGGCGAAUUCUGGCGAAGGCGUUGAUCGGCUCGCAGGAACCGAUCUCGAUCGACACGGGGGGUGACGAGGUUUCGGUUCGCCGGUUCACCAGCUUCAAUCUGCUGAGGGUCGGCCGCGUGGAGAAUGGGACUACGGAGCCGGAGUUUGCCACCUGGUACGAGUACUCGACCAUUCUGGAAAACAAGCUGUUCACCGUGCAAAUACGCCGACUGAACAAGAAUUUCACAGCGAGCGAACUGAUCGGGUUCAACAAUACCGGAAACAUCUGCGUCUGGCCGUCGGAGGAAUGUUUGGCCUACUAUCUGCUGAAGAACCAGCAGCUCUGUCGAAACAGACGAGUCCUCGAGCUAGGCGGUGGCAUGAGCUGCUUGGCAGGCGUGAUUGCCGCCAAGUACUGCCAGCCGAGAGGAGUCGCGUUGACCGAUGGUAACGUGACCAGCGUGAACAACGUCAGAUGCAUCGUGGUGAGGAACGGCAUGGCCGAUUUCGUGGAGUGCGGCGUCGUUCAAUGGGCGAAAGCGGCCAGGGCGAUCCGUAGAUCGCUCGUCUUCCCUCGCUCCCACCCGCACAAUACCCUCCGAGUCAAGAACUGGAGCAACUAUGAGGGCGGCGGUGAGGACGGCGAUAGCGGGAACGGCAAGGAGCUUGGAAAAUUGGCGGGAAAACUGUACGACGUGAUCCUGUGCGCGGACUGUCUGUUCUUCGACGAGGCCCGUUCCGACUUGGUGGAAACGAUCUAUAGUUGGCUGAGCAACGAUGGGAUCGCAUUGGUGAUGGCGCCUAGAAGAGGCUCGACCUUCCAGAAAUUCGCGGAAGCGGCAGUGAAACGAGGUUUCUUCGCACGACAGAUAGACCGUUACGAUGGCAAGAUUUGGUCGAGGCAUCUCGAGUUGCUGGAGCACAGCCAAGAGUAUUGUCCAGACCUUCAUUAUCCGAUCCUUCUAGAGUUGAGCAAGGAAAAGAAAACGCCACCCGGAUGAUUACCAUUCGGACACCACACAGUUCUUUUUCCCCUCCCGACCUUACUUCCUCCCUUACCCUUCGACGAUGCAACCUUCUAUCCGUUUCGCCUUUAAACACCAGUAUACAUAUGUAUACCUUUGGCUCGUACAGUCGCGAAUCAUAGUAUUUCAAGUACCUGAUCUUAUUGUUAGUAGACUGAUCAAAUUCGAAUCUUCGAUCCUCGCGUAAUCUCGACGGUUUACUUUUUCAACAAUAGCAAAGGAAUUUUCUUUCACUUUCCUUUCUUCUCUCUGUUUAGACGUUCAACGAACCACGUUUCUCCAUUCUAGUCGAAUCAGUGAAAAGAGAAGAUUUAUCGUAGUAAAGAGCAAC